AUGAAGCUGCUGUGGCUGGUGAAGAGGAGCUCUGCCAUCACACACAAGGCUUUCCUGGCUGCCUGCUGUAGGUGUUCCAAGGAUGGGUCUUCUGUGGAAUACAAUGGGAGGCGAAAGCACAGUUCUGCUGAUAACGAGCAUGCAUAUGUGCAGAAUAAAUCUCUGCCUGAGUUUAUCAGUGAGCGGCUGCAAUGCUUCGAAAAACUGAGAGAAAGACAUGAAGCCAGACUGGCAGAAAAGGUGGAGAAGGAGACUCGUCCAAUCCGGAUCUCCAUACUGGAUGGGACUGUGGUGAGCGGGCACUCCUGGAGAACAACUCCCUAUGACGUGGCUGUACAGACUAGGCCAAGCUCAAUACAUAAUAUCUUAGGGGCCCGAGUGAAUGGAUCGCUUUAUGAUCUGAGCAGACCCCUGGAAGCAGACUCGGAUGUUGAGUUCCUCAUGUUCGAUUCUCGCGAAGGGCAGGAUAUAUUUUGGCAUUCCAGUGCCCAUGUCCUCGGGGCAGCUCUGGAGCAGUUCUACGGAGGCCUCUUGUGUCAUGGGCCCAGCACAGAAAAUGGCUUUUUCUACGACAUCCACCUGUCCAGCAGUAAUGUACAGGGCACUGACCUUCCUGGUCUGGAAGCCAUCUGCAAAGAGAUCAUUAAAGAAAAACUUCCCUUCCAGCGGGUGGAAGUGACACGGGAAGACUUACUAGAAUUAUUUAAGUACAACAAGUUUAAAGUACAGAUUAUUGAAGACAAAGUGGAAGCAACUACAAGUGUAUACAGGUGUGGAAAUCUAGUUGACCUCUGCCAGGGUCCUCAUGUCGGGCACACCGGGCAAAUUAAAGCAAUUAAAGUCACCAAGAACUCGUCAGCCUUCUGGAGAGCGGACCCCACACAGGAUGUAUUACAGAGAGUGUAUGGGAUCUCCUUCCCUGACGGUAAACAGAUGAAGGAGUGGGAGAGACUGCAAGAAGAGGCAGCCAGGCGUGACCAUCGCAAGAUAGGAAGGGAUCAGAAUUUGUUCUUCUUCCAUGAAUUCAGUCCAGGAAGCUGCUUCUUUCUACCAAGAGGAGCACACAUCUACAACGUCCUGAUAGACUUCAUAAAGAACGAGUACAGAAAGCGGGGGUUCACAGAGGUCAUUACCCCAAACAUGUACAAUAAUAAGCUAUGGCAGCAGUCUGGACACUGGGAGCACUAUGGAGAGAAUAUGUUUUCUUUCGCCAUUGAAGAUGAGACUUUCUCCCUGAAGCCAAUGAACUGCCCUGGUCACUGCUUGAUGUUUGAUCACCGGCCCCGUUCAUGGAGAGAACUUCCACUAAGGUUGGCUGAUUUUGGGGUGUUGCACAGGAAUGAACUCUCAGGGGUGCUGUCAGGACUCACCCGUGUCCGUCGCUUCCAGCAAGAUGACGCCCACAUAUUUUGCUCCAUGGAUCAACUGGAAGCAGAAAUUAAUGGCUGCUUGGACUUCCUUCGUGCAGUGUACACAGUAUUUGGGUUUACAUUUAAACUGUUCCUCUCUACACGUCCUGAGCAGUACAUGGGGGAACUGGAGGUCUGGCAGAAGGCUGAAAAGGAGCUGGAGAGAAGUCUAAACAGUUUUGGCCUUCCUUGGGAGCUGAAUCCAGGAGAUGGAGCAUUUUAUGGUCCAAAGAUUGACAUCCAAAUUCAGGAUGCAAUGUGCCGCUACCAUCAGUGUGCCACCAUUCAACUUGACUUCCAGCUCCCCGUCCGCUUCAACCUCACAUACACAAGUAAAGAGGAUGGUACAGCAGAGAGACCAGUCAUGAUCCAUCGUGCUAUACUUGGCUCUGUGGAGAGGAUGUUGGCUAUUCUGGCAGAGAACUACGCCGGGAAGUGGCCGUUAUGGUUGUCACCAUUCCAGGUCAUGGUGAUACCUACAGGAGCCAGCACUGAGGAUUAUGCCAAGGAGGUACAACAGGUCAUUCAUGAGCGUGGCUUCAUGGUGGAUGUGGAUACGGACCAAGGCACCACUUUCAGCAAGAAAAUCCGCAAGGCUCAGCUGGCUCAGUACAAUUUCAUUCUUGUGGUCGGUGAGAGAGAGAAACAGAACAGCACAGUCAAUGUACGGACCAGAGACAGUACGCAGCAUGGGGAGCGCAGCCUACCAGAACUGGUCUCCAGAUUAUCAGAGCUGUGCGACUCACGGGUCAGGAAUGCAGAAGAGAUUUUCUAA